AUGCAUCCCUAUAUAUAUUCCAAUCCCUAAAGAACUUAUACAGAAACCACAAAAAUAAAUACAUAUUAAUACAUGAAUAAUCAUUAUCCAUAUAUAUAUAUUAUUUUUUAUUUAAAAAGAUAUUAAAAUGCUCCAAAAACAUCUAAAGCUAAGAAAUAAUAAAAGAGAGUUGCUGACAGAAAAAAGAAUCCCUUAUUUGUUAAGGAUGCUAAAAGUUUCAGAAUUGGCAAUGAUGUUCAACCAAAACGAGAUCUAUCCAGAUAUGUUAGAUGGCCUAGAUACAUCUUGUUGCAUAGAUAAAAGAAAAUCUUACUUCAAAGAAUCAAAGUGCCAGCUGCAAUCCAUUAAUUCAGCAGAACAUUAGAUAAAAAUUAAUCUUCUAAAGUCUUGAGUUUAUUGAAGAAAUACUCACCAGAAACAAAAACUGAAAAGAAACAAAGACUAACAAAGUUGGCUGAAUAAAAAGCAUAAGCUUAAAAGGGAGAAUCAAAAGAAAGUGUAAAGUCUUGA